AUGAUGCUUGUUCGUGGCAGCAACAAGGAGUGCUCCAUGCAGGGGUGGGUUCUCAUGUGUUGGUUCUGGGGAACGACCGGGCCAACAACGCUGUUGGACGACACCAUCUACCUGACAAUUCAGCCGAUUACAUUACGGCUAUACGCGCUGACUUUCGAGGAGUCAAAUGCGCUUCACCGGCAUGUCAGCUUCGGGGAGAAGCAAGUCAAAUUUGGCAGUCUUGCAUAUUUGAACGGUUUCCCUUUCGGCCACGGCGGCAGUGGCUACGUCGUCUCCAGCGCGGCCAUGCGUAACUUGUUCGAGGGUAAGCACAAUGUCGCCAAUCGCUGGGAUGAGGCCACAAUAAACGAGUGCUGUGGCGUCGUCAUGUUUGCAAAAGCAUUGAAGGAGGCCACCGGCAUCGAGCGGCCGACGAUUAACGGAGAGAAGCCCUUCACAAUUCCAUAUUCCGAGAGAGAAUGGUGCCAGCCGAUUGUUACCAUGCACCAUGUGGGAAGAGAAGGGUUGUCUGGUCUAUACGGGUUUGAACGAAAGCGAAAUUUCACCUUUCCCAUGCGCAUCAAGGAUCUCUACCAUGAGUUUGUGGCACCGCAGCUGGCGCCUAUUCGACCAGACUGGGAUAACAUGAGCGACGACGUCCUCUAUCUCAAUACGUCGUCAGCCAUAUUCGACGUCGACAGGCAGCUUAGCAAGGCCAAAACGCAAGACUUGUCUGGUCUUGAGAAGACGGCCCACUUGAGCUUUGAGAAAUGCCGUGCAGCAUGCCAAGCCGACAAGGAAUGUCUGCAGUGA